UUUUCGUAGUCUGCGGACGCUAAAACGUAGAAGUUUAUAAAAUUCGUCGCACUUGAGGGGUGCUUGAACAUUAUACACAAAAAUGGCCGAUCCAGAUUUGUAUGGACUCGAGAUGCUCUGGAAGCUGGAGAAAGGAAACGUGUCUACAAAGUCAGACCUGCUGAUAGUAUUCGUGCACUGGGUUUUGACCAAAAACAGUUUCCGUUGCGUCGGAGUAGGUGACGAUAAAACCCUAAAUGACGACAUCGAAAGAAGCGAACUGCUGCCGGAAGGAUGGAACGAAAGCCACGAGUCAUACAACCUCCGCUAUGCAAUUGGCACAGAGCUAUACAUUUUACAUGGCACAGUUUCGAAGGAUACGAUGAUUUGUAAUUUGUUGCAAGCCAAAACACUGAAUGUUUCGAAUAUUGCAUUCAAUCUUAAAGAGGCAGUUUGUGGAAUCAAUGGAGAUUCGAUCAAUACACUUCUGAAGGAUAUCAAUGCGCAAGUAUCGCUGGUGAAGAACAAUCUUCUUAAUCCAAUUGUUGGAGGGACUCCAACUACUGCCGGAACACAAACUGAGGCUCAGCAAGGGGCCAGUAGCAGUGUUCCCAGCAAUAUUCCUCCACCAGGAGGCAAUAGAGUUCAACAAAACCCAUAUUAUAUGCCUCCUCGUAUACCGGUUGGACGCGGAGACUUGGAUCCGCUGGGAAGAUUGGGUGGUGGAAUGCUACUGGAUGGGCCUCGAAACGCUUUUCCUAACUUCGGACCUGUGCCGCAACCAAGGCCUCGGUUUGAUCCGUUUGGACCAAACAUGAAUCGCUUUAACAGACCCGGCCCGGAUAAUGACCAUCUACCUCCACCAGGUUAUGACGAUAUGUUCAUGUAAUUAAACCAUCAACGUUCCUUUCAGUUUCAUUUCUCAUUCUUUCUGCGUAGCUCUUUCCCAAGCGAAGUCCCAAUUAAGGUUUAAUAAACGAUACAGAAGAACUGUUAGU